AUGGCUCCAUCACUGCCCAACGAAUUCAAGGUCGCCGUCUUCAAGGAGAAAGGUGCCAAGCUCGUCUUCGAGCAGCGAAAGCUCGAGCAGCCGCCAGAGGGACAGAUCCUUGCGAAAGUCCUCGCUUGCGGCGUUUGCCAUUCCGAUUCCGCUGUACAGCAUGCUGCGUUCGGCAACUCGUUUCCCAUCGUCCCUGGUCAUGAGGCUAUUGGGGAGGUCGUCGCAGUGCCGUCUUCUGAGAAACGUUGGAAAGUCGGCGACUGGGUUGGCGCUGCCUGGCACGGCGGUCACUGUGGAAACUGCAAGGCCUGCCGUCGAGGUUUGUUCCAGAUGUGCGACACCGAGACCAUCAACGGUGUGAUGCGCGAUGGAGGUUUCGGCGAGUAUGUUUACAUUCGAAGCGAAGCUGCCGUCUCCGUCCCACAUGGCGUCGAUCCUGCCAAGUACGCACCUUUGCUAUGCGCAGGUGUGACGGUCUUCAACGGUCUACGACAACAAAAUAUCACUUCUGGUGAUAUCGUCGCGGUUCAGGGACUUGGCGGGCUCGGUCAUCUGGCUCUGCAGUAUGCUCGCAAGAUGGGCUUCCGCACGGUGGCUAUCUCUUCGUCUGCCUCCAAGAAGGAGUUCGCUUCCAAGCUCGGUGCGCACGACUACGUUGAUGGCUCGAAAGGAGAUGUUGGCCAGCAGCUAAAGAAACUUGGCGGUGCUUCAGCUAUUAUUCUCACUGCACCUGCUGCCGACCUCAUCCCCUCGCUGCUGCAAGGUCUUGGCCCACUUGGCAAGCUCAUCAUUCUUGCUGCGCCGCCCACACCGGUUGAGCUGCACCCUGCGAUGAUGAUUCAUUACGGCAACAGCAUCACAGCAUGGCCCUCAGGUCACGCUCAGGACACGGAGGAAGCCAUCAAGUUUGCCGAGGACCAAGGCAUCGAAUGCAUGAUCGAGAAGUUUGAAUUCGAGAAGGCGAACGAGGCACUCGACCACAUGGUCUCAGGCAAAGUCCGCUUCCGUGGCGUGUUGAUCCCAUAG